AUGUUAUUCAUUCACCGCCGCUUGAAAUUACUGGCUGGUUUCGCCUUCACCUUGAUUGUUGUUUUUUCCCUUUGGCAUCAAACAGCACUAUCGAUGGAGUCUGUCAGCGGCGACGCCUCGGUCAAGUCUAUCAACUCCAACACCUCGAUAAAAACUGCCAGCCCUAACGCAUAUGUCUUCUACGCCACCGAAGAUGUCUACGCAUGCUCUGUUCUUGUCAACAUACAUCGACUGCGUCACAUGUAUCAUACAAAGCACCGGAUUCUUGUAUUUGUAUCCAGUGGUGUUUCAAAGGAGUACCUUACUCGAUUCACAGAUCUGGAAGCAAAAGUGAUUUUGGAAACACCACCGCCGCUCUCUGCUGGAAGCUCCCCUUACUACAAAGAUUGCUUGUUGAAACUGGUGCCGUUUAGAGUAUAUGAGCUAGACCGGUAUAUUCAGCGAUGCCUUAUACUGGACUCUGAUCAACUCAUCAUGCAGAACCUCGAUGCAAUAUUUCAAAGUGCUUCAACUGAUAUAGCGGCAGCUCCCGCGUAUUGGAUAAGUAACGACACAUUAAGCAGCACUUGUAUGCUUGUUGAACCAAGCCGAAAACUAUGGGAACAAGUUCAGACGAGUAUCGCAUCUAUAUUACCCGGCCAAUACGACAUGGACAUAAUCAACGACAUGUUUCGCGACAACGCCCAUAGGCUUCCAGGAAGCUAUAUCACCAUUAACAGCCACUGGGAAGACCGGAAUGUCCCUAAGUGGUUUGAUAUAGAAGCAGGGGUGGUCCCAUUUCCAGACGGUCAGCUAUCGCGUCCCGCAUCUGAUGAUGAGCUUGAAGACCUGUAUAGGAGAGCCUACAUUAUUCACUUUUUCGCUAUCGGAAAACCCUGGAUGAGAACUACGGAAGAAGCCAGAAGAUCGAGGCCUAAAUCCCAUCCUAUUUUGUUUAAGCAGUGGGAAGAAUGGCGUCAAAAUGCAUCUCAGCUAUGUUAUUCCAAUGUGGUUCAAGUUAUCUAA